AUGGGGGGUGAGUCGUGCAUCACUGGUUUUGAACUGCCCUUUUGUAGUCCGAUUCCUUGAUAUAGUCAAACCAUUCUGCGCCAUCUUGCCGGAAAUCGCCAGGCCCGAGCGCAAGAUUCAGUUCCGCGAAAGGGUAUUAUGGACGGGCAUUACCCUAAUGAUCUUCCUGUUUUGCUGCCAAAUUCCCCUCUUCGGGAUUAUGUCGUCAGAGUCAGCUGACCCUCUUUAUUGGCUUCGAGUCAUUUCCGCAUCUAACAAGGGCACAUUGAUGGAACUGGGCAUAUCGCCGAUAAUCACGUCUGGCCUGAUUAUGCAGCUCUUGGCAGGGAUCCAAGUUUUAUCCGUUGGUGAUGCCCCCAAAGACAGAGCACUAUUUAAUGGGGCUCAGAAACGUAAGUUGGCGAUUAACUUUUUACCUUAUCCAGUCUUCGGUAUGGUAAUAACCGUUGGCCAAGCUUCUGUAUACGUCAUGUCGGGCAUAUACGGUGCCCCCAGUGACCUUGGUGCAGGAAUCUGUCUUUUGAUCAUUCUCCAGGUACUGCCAUCCCUUACUGGUUUAUCCUUUAGCUUACCUUUGCUGGCCUUCUCGUUCUUAUGCUCGACGAGCUGCUACAGAAGGGAUAUGGUCUGGGUUCUGGAAUCUCCCUGUUCAUAGCCACUAACAUUUGCGAAACGAUCAUUUGGAAAGCCUUUAGCCCGACGACAAUUAACACAGGUCGAGGUAAGGUCCAGUAAGUUAGGUGUCCCUUACCUAUCAGGUACCGAAUUCGAGGGGGCUAUCAUUUCCCUUUUCCAUCUUUUGGCGACGCGGACGGACAAAGUUCGUGCCCUCCGUGAAGCAUUUUAUCGCCAGAACUUGCCGAACCUCAUGAAUAUUCUCGCUACUGUUUUGGUCUUUGCUGUCGUUAUAUAUUUUCAGGUUUGUUUUGCCCCGUUUACAUUAUUUUCUUAGAGUUUCCGUGUGGAAAUUGCGGUGAAGUCCAUUCGUCAUCGGGGACAGUCAACUUCAUACCCCAUCAAACUUUUUUACACCAGUAAUGCGCCAAUUAUGCUACAGAGCGCCUUGGUUUCUAACCUUUAUGUCAUAUCACAGGUACUUUUUAUACUGAACAAGCUUACCGUUGGUUAUAGAUGCUCUCUAGCAAAUUCCGAGGCAAUUUUCUAAUAAAUCUCCUGGGCAUUUGGUCGGACGGUGAAGGCGGUUCGCGUUCAGCACCCAUUGGUGGUCUAUGCUAUUACAUGACACCACCGGACUCCUUUACGCAAAUGUUGAUGGAUCCUAUCCAUGGUGUUAUAUAUAUCGCGUUUAUGCUGGGCAGCUGCGCAUUCUUCAGCAAAAUAUGGAUCGACGUCUCUAAUUCAAGCGCAAAGGAUGUUGCGAAACAAUUAAGAGAGCAACAAACUGUGAUUCCCGGUCACCGGGAAGACUCCAUGGUCCACGAACUUAAUCGUCACAUCCCAACUGCCGCUGCUCUCGGAGGGCUGUGGAUUGGUGCCCUGUCCGUAGUCGCUGACUUCCUCGGUAGGCGUUGUUUUCAGCACCCUUCUAGUUGCGCAAACUUUACUGUCAUGUCAGUUAUUCCAGUUUUUGCUUGCUGCCGAAGAUUUGCUGUUAUGAAUCAAAGGGGAGAUGUGGCACGCACGGUAGUUUGUCGAAACUAGGCCAUUUGCACCCCACUUGCAUGCCAGUGCAUACACUUGUUUAUUGCGUAAUGUUUUAAUUAAAGUGUAUGUGUUCCAUAUACUCUAAUUUCCAGACAGGCAAGAGCUUUCUAAAGCUCUAUGAUGCUAGGACUGGAUUGUUUGCAUGCUCUCCAGUGUUUCAUCGUGCGGUUACCCCAUCGGUUAGAUUUGUUUAUACUCCGUUACUGACUGCUGCUUGGAACGACGGGAAAUCUGUUCAGAAGCAAGUAGUUGCCCGAACCACACGGUCUUUUUAACGCAGUCAGAUGCCAAUGUACUUUGUUUUAAAGCUAUUUCGGUUUAUACGUCGAUGAUUUGAGUCCUUCAUUUCCCUCAAGGCGCAAUUGGCAGUGGAACCGGCAUUCUUCUAGCGGUGACAACUAUCUACCAGUACUAUGAGGUUUUUGUUCGGGAGCAAAACGAGAUGGGUGGUUCAAUGAGCACUCUCUUCUUCUAA